AUGUCCCACCCAGUCGACUCGACACACCCUGUCGAGCCUUCCAUCGCCAGGAUGACGGAGGAGGCGGCGAAGCAAAAGGCCGUCGGUACGUCGGAGAAGAGGGAGUUUGCAGGCGAGGACGACUUCAAGCACCUCGACAACCUUCGCGAGAACCCGAAUGCGGUCCUCGAGAACCCUCUCCAGGGCAUCUCUCACGAGCGUCUUGAGGCAAUGGGUCGCGCCUUCGCUCGCGAGAAGGGCCUCGAAGAGUACGAGGAGGAGUUCGCCAAGGGUGCACAGCUUGCGCAGGACCCUCUCGCCUUCGAAUCGGUCGCUAUGCUCGGCGACGCCGACCGCGAGAUCCUCCGCGACGAAGUGGCGCACAAGUGGCGACACCCUUGGCAGCUGUACUCGCUCGUCGUGUGCUGCUCGAUGGCCGCCGCCGUCCAAGGAAUGGACGAAUCGGUCACCAACGGCGCAAAUUUAUUCUGGCCGCCCGCGUUGGGCUUGGUAACUACGUCCGAUAACCCUAACGCCAGCUACGACGAAUGGAUCCUUGGUCUCAUUAACGGCGCUCCCUACCUCUGCUGCGCUGUCCUCGGUUGCUGGCUCACCGCUCCUUUGAACAACUGGCUCGGCCGCCGCGGCACCAUCUUCCUCACCGCCUUCAUCUCGGCCGCCGCCUGCAUCUGGUCUGCCUGCACGUCGACGCGCUGGAACCUCUUUGCCGCUCGCUUCGUCCUGGGUCUCGGUAUCGGACCCAAGUCGGCGACCGUCCCCGUCUUUGCCGCCGAGACGGCUCCUCCUCUGAUUCGUGGCGCUCUCGUCAUGCAGUGGCAGGUGUGGACCGCCUUCGGCAUCAUGCUCGGCACGGUGUCCUCGCUCGCCUUCUACCACGUUGGUGACACUGCCCAUAUCCACGGUCUCAACUGGCGGUUGAUGCUCGGCUCCGCCUGUCUCCCAGCUUUCGCGGUCAUGGCCCAGGCAAGUCUCUCGCUUCUGCCCUCAGUCGCCCGGUCGGCUCACCAUUUCGUCCUCUUCGGCUGCACGCAGGUCUUUUUCUGCCCCGAGUCGCCCCGUUGGCUUAUUGGUCGCGGCCGGUACCGCGACGCCUACCACUCGCUCUGCCGCCUCCGUUACUCGAAACUCCAGGCUGCCCGCGACUUGUUCAUGAUCAACGCUCUCCUCGAGGAGGAGGCGAACAUGCCCUCUGGCAAGGCCGCUCUCCUCGAGCUCUUCGCCGUUGGCCGCAACCGCCGUGCCGCCGUCGCCUCCGGUAUCGUCAUGUUCAUGCAGCAGUUCUGCGGCAUCAACGUCAUCGCCUACUACUCGUCGACCAUCUUCCGUCAGGCCGGCUUCGACGAGAUCACCGCUCUCGGCGCUACUCUCGGAUUCGGCGCGCUCAACUGGGUCAUGGCUGCUCCCGCUGUCUGGACCAUUGACACCUUCGGUCGCCGCAACCUCCUCCUCACGACCUUCCCGCUCAUGUGCAUCUUCCUCCUCAUGACCGGCUUCGCCUUCUACAUCCCCGAGACCAGCAAGGCUCGCAUCGCUGUCGUCGCCCUCGGCAUUUACCUGCACUGCAUGGCCUACUCUCCUGGCGAGGGACCGGUGCCCUUCACGUACUCGGCCGAGGCCUUCCCGCUCUACGUCCGCGACAUCGGCAUGUCCUACGCCACCGCCGUCACCUGGCUCUUCAACUUCAUCGUGGCCCUCACUUUCCCUCGCCUCCUGACGGCCUUCACGCCUCAGGGUGCCUUCGGAUGGUACGCCGGCUGGAACGCCCUCGGCACACUCCUCGUCCUCUUCUUCGUUCCGGAGACGAAGGGACUCUCGCUCGAGGAGCUCGACCAAGUCUUCUCGGUCCCGACUCGCAAGCACGCCUCGUACCACGGCAAGGGUGUCGGCUACAACUUCCGCAAGUACAUCCUCCGCCAGCGUCUGCCGCCGAGGGCUCCGUUGUACCAAUGGGAGGACCGUACCGUCGCGCGCGAAUUCUGA